UUCAUUUACAACUUCAAAUUCAAUCUCAAAAUAUUCGUAUCGUUUUAUUCACUGUUCAAGUUUUGGAUAUAUUCACGAGCAGAUAGUGUAAACAACAUAUUGGCAUAGACCUCAGAUCAGUUAAUACCUCGGAAAAAGAACUGCAAGAUGUCAGAAUUGUAGCAACUGAUUCUAAUUUGCUUACCAACAGCAAUCUGUGUAUUAAAAGACCACAGUUGGUGAUGUAAUGCCACUACGGGCAUUGAUGUUUUGACAGUGAUGUUACGUCAUGGCAAUGUUUAUCGAUGGAUGAUACUGAUACAGCUGUGAUAUUAGACAGAACGCCAGAAGUGAUUAAACUGAAGAAGUUUCCAGGCCCCUAGCUAAUUUAACAAAGUUGUUGAUCCGAAACUGAGGCAUGCAUGCAACCAAGAGUCCCAAAAGAUUCACUACACAUCUCAACCGCCAUGCUCCAACAAUUUUGAUCUGUGGCAUUUUCCUCUUCUUUAGUGGCCUCUUAUACAUGUCAUUUUGUGGCAUGCCAGCAGAGCGCUCUGCACAAUCACCUGCUCUGGGUGAAAAAAAUCAGAAUUCAAAGCAUGUUGAGAUGCAUAACAAAAUGUUAAGUGCCUUCAUGGUUGUUGCUAUACUAACAGGGAGGCAAAACAGAGAGCGAAGAGACAUGAUAAGGCAGACCUGGUUGUCAAAUGUCACCAAGGAUAUUGUGCCUUACUUUGUCAUCGGAACCAAGGACUUAACCCCAGAAGAAAUGAGUCACUUGAAGCUAGAAAACAAGAAAACAAAUGAUCUCCUUCUUUUGCCAGAUGUCCAUGAUGCAUAUGAAAAGCUUGCAGAUAAAGUUUUACAGAUGUACAUUUGGUUGGAUGCGAAUGUUCAUUUUCAUUACAUCUUUAAAGGGGAUGAUGAUACAUUUGCACGUGUUGAUGUCAUCGCAGAGGAGUUGAAACGCAAGAAGCAACAACGCCUUUACUGGGGAUUCUUCAGUGGCAGGGCACAUGUUUAUCGCAGGGGGAAAUGGGCCGAAAAAGAAUGGGUGCUUUGUGAUCGUUAUUUACCAUAUGCAUUAGGUGGUGGUUACAUACUAUCCUCUGACUUGAUCCAUUACAUAGCUAACAGUGCAAACUACUUACAGAAAUUUAAAAGCGAGGAUGUGUCAGUCGGCGCUUGGCUUGCACCCGUUGAACUAAACCGCGUGCACGACACCAGAUUUGAUACAGAAUAUAAAUCACGAGGCUGCUCAAAUAAAUACAUUGUGACACAUAAACAGACUACAGAGCUUAUGAAGCAGAAGUUUGCCAGCAUCCAGAUGUCUGGUAGGCUGUGUAAGAAGGAAGUGAAACUGCGGAACUCUUACGAAUACGACUGGGAGGCAUUGCCUUCACAGUGUUGCACAAGGACUAACAAUACUAAUAUUCCAUGAAAAAUAUAUUUAUUUUUAGUAAUUU